AGUAUUCGUUAUUCGAGCUCGUAAUCUGUCCUAAAUGCUAGUAAUUUUAAUCAAAUCUUGGAUCCUGCGAUUGGAAAUUCCGGCAGGGGUAAUUGUCGAAGGGGCCGUGGGACAGCUGAGCCAGCUGGUGGCGACCGGCACGUGCGUGCACGUGGAGAGAGAGUUGAAGGUGCCGCCGGUAGAGGCGAAGCAGAGGGUCGAGCUUAUUGGGGUUCGGAUGAUUCUCGAUUUGGGGACUGUGGAUCCGGCUAAGUACCCGUUGCCUCAGACUAGGCUUACCCUUGAGUCUCUCAGGGAUUACGUUCAUCUUCGACCUAGAACCAAUACGUUCUGAGUGAUGAAUUUUGGAAAUCAUAAAAUCAGAUUGUGGAUGCCGGUAACGAAUUGCGGCCUUGAUUGGCUGUAACAAAUAACUGCUGCUAAGAACUUGGGUAGAAAUUGGUGGUUGUUUCAUCUCAUUCACAGACAUACACGAGCAUUCUCGCAUGUAAAAUCAUCAUAUGUUUCCCGUCGUGCCUCCAUCUUCUUGAACUUAGCUUAUGGUGACAGUAA